AUGGCCGCAGUGUGCUGUCCUUUCCAGGGUAUCCAAACUCUCUGGGAGAGAAUGCAAGUCUUAAGGACAGUUAACGUUUUCGACGGAAGCUUCAGGGCAGCCUACUCCCAACCGAGCGAUCAAGCCUCCAUCAUUGAAGCCAAGAUCCGCCAAGCUGAGCUGCAGCUCUACACACUUGAGACCGAAAAGAAUAGGAUACUGUUGUUCAAGAAACGUGCAGAAGAACGCGCCCGCGGACGAAGCUCCGCCGCCAUACGAAGCGGAACCGAGCUCAGGACCGCCGAGGCCGUUGCCGCCGCCGUCGCCGUCAGCUUCAGCCGGACGUUGCUCCUCGGCGAACACCAGAACCAGCCGUUCUACGCCCUGUCGAUACACAGUGGCUUCACCAGCUCGCCGCCGAUCGUUCUGCACUCUGGGCCGGCAAACACAUCCCCGCCACUGGCGUCGGUGGACUAUCACAGCUUCAGCACCAAGAUGAGCAUGACGCUGCCCCCCGCGCCAAAAGGCAGUCCCGGAGGCGCGCCCGUCAUCGAACUGGAAUACAACCUGGACUUUCCCACGUUGAACUACGCCUUUGCGAUGGGUGUUGGUCCGAACUGCGAACGCCUUGAGCGGUUCGAGUGGAGGUCGAGCUCCGGCGAAGCCAUCGCCAUGCUGGACGGCAGAAGCAGAGGCUGGAAGCUAGUCAGACUGGCCCAGUCAGCAGGGUCUGCGGGCUUUAGGAGUAGUGACGGUAAGGAGGUAGUGGCAGUCUGGACGGAUGCCGGACUGAGCAUGACCAAGGUGGCCAAGUUCGCGUUCACGGGCAGCGGCCUGACGGGGGAGCUGGGCGAACGGUGGGCGAUCAUGGCUGUUAUUUCGGGCCUGGCCAUCUGCGAGCGACAGAGGCAGCGGAGACGCAACAACGGCUAA